AUGCAACUCCCGUAUUCUGGAGACGGUUCGGCUCCAGCUUCAAAAAAGAGAAAGAGAAAGAGAAAUAAUAAAACCAAGACAAAGUCUGAUGCCGAUGCUCAUCUCAGUCAGGAACAUGCAGUUGCAAAUGAAAACAAUUUCCAGAUCCACAGUAGCAACAAGAAGUUCAAAUUUGAUACCGAAGAAAAGGAAGACGUGAUAAAUCAGAAGAAUAACGAUUCCGUCGAAAAAGGAAAUUUUGAACAUCACGAAGAGGAGGACGAGGGUGAAGAAAUUAUUGAAGAUGCUCCAGAAAAAGAAGAACAAGUAGAAGAACGAAUAGAAGAUGAAGAAGAGGAUGAAGAUGAUGAGGAGGAGAAUAAGAUCAAAACAAAAAAUCCCAGGAAGAACAAAGACAAGAAAAAGCACAAAAAAGACGUUGAAUUGGCCAAAAAGGCUGAACAGUUGCUUGAGUUCAGAAAAGAACUUCCAGUUUACCAACACAAGGAUGAGGUCAUAGAUUAUGUCACCAACAACCAAGUCACUGUAGUAAUUGGUGAAACUGGGUCAGGUAAAUCUACCCAAAUCCCCCAGUUCUUGAUGCCUCUAAACAGUAAACUGAUAGCUGUAACACAGCCACGUAGAGUUGCUGCUGCAUCUUUGGCUGCGAGAGUCAGUGAAGAGUAUGGAUGUCAAUUAGGACAAGAAGUUGGUUACCAGGUCAGAUUCUCUAAUAUCACUCAUCCACAAAAGACGAAGUUGAAGUAUCUCACCGAUGGUAUGCUUUUGCGAGAACUCAUGAUAGACAGCAAGUUGUCGAAGUAUUCCACCAUAAUACUAGAUGAAGCUCACGAAAGAACAGUAUUGACAGAUCUUAUCAUGGGAUUCUUGAAACAACUUAUUGUAACUAAAACCAGAAGAGAUUUGAAAAUCAUAGUCAUGUCGGCUACGUUAAAUGCCGAGCUCUUCAGUAAGUUCUUCGGUAAUGCCCCUAUUCUCUUCAUAGAAGGUAAAAUGUUUCCUGUGUCUCCCUUCUAUUUGUCUGACUCUUCUGAGGAUAUUGUGGAUACCAUGGUAAGGAGUGUUAUUCAAAUCAACUUAGCAGAACAAGAGGGAGAUAUUCUCUGUUUCUUACCGGGCCAAGAAGAAAUCGAUAGCUGCGUCACCGUAUUGACUCAGGUGGCACCAUUGCUUCCAAAACAGGCACCAUUGCUAGUACCAAUGGCUCUCUACGCUGCUUUGUCUCCAGCCAAACAAGCUAAGAUCUUCGAAAAGCUUCCUGCAAGAAGGAGAAAAGUUAUUCUCGCUACCAAUAUUGCCGAAACUUCCAUCACUGUCAGUGGUGUCAAAUACGUUAUAGACUCAGGAUUGAGAAAAGUUAAAGUAUGGAAACAUCAAUUGGGAUUAUCUACAUUAUUAACCACUCCAAUUUCACAGGCUUCAGCAAGGCAAAGAGCUGGUAGAGCUGGUAGAGAAUCUGCUGGUAAAGUCUACCGUCUUUAUCUGGAGAAGGUAUUUCUGGAUCUGCUUCCUAAGCAGCAGGAAUCGGAAAUCAUGAGAAAUGACGUGGUGAUGCCCAUCUUGACAUUAAAGAAGUUAGGAAUAGACGACUUGUUGAACUGGUCGUGGUUGGAGCAUCCUGGCCAGGAUGCUAUCUUAAGUGCCUUGAAUACUUUAUAUUCUCUUGGGGCUUUGAACGACAGCGGCAAGAUUACACCUUUGGGAUAUAAGAUGGCCGUUUUACCAUUACAACCACAACUAUCAGUAGUUCUCUUAACAGCUUUUGAGUUUGGUGUGUUGUCUGCUGUUAUAGAUAUUGUAUCGUGUCUUUCCGUGGACAACUUGGUAUUAAAUGUAGGAGCUGCAAAUGGCGAAUUACGAGACGAAGUCAACUACAAAAGACGCCAGUAUUGUCCUCUUGGUAUCCGACAUGGUGAUUUGAUUGGUCUUAAAGAGUAUUUCAAUUACUACCAAGAACUAUCUGCAGCAGGAAAUACGGGAGAACUUAAGUCGUGGUGCAAAGAUUUGCAUUUGAGCUAUAAGGGCUUCAAGAAUGUUCUCAAAGUCAGACAACAGUUGAAACAAUAUAUGAUAACUACUAUCAAACAAGAUGAUAGUAUCAAGAGGGAAGAAAGAGACGAACAGUUGAAGAACUUAGAAGCUCAGCUAGGCAUAGUAAACUUGAACAACACUAACGACAGCGACAUUGAAGACGAGUUGAAGAAGCCUUUGGAUGUUCCAGCAGUUCUCAAGUCGUUCUUGAAGGGCUACAUCACGAAUACAGCUGUAGGAAUGCCGGAUAGAUCGUAUAGAACGUUCAACACAGGUCAACUCAUAAGUAUACAUCCAUCUUCCAACCUUUUUGGUAAGCUGAACUUGGACGCAAUAAUGUACAUAGAGUACGUCUACACGGCUAAGGGGUACGGGAGAAGUUGUUCUGCCAUUGAAUUGGGUUGGAUACAAGAAGUGGCACCGCAUAUUCUUGGAGCAUCCAAGAUCAACGUGCACGAUUAG